AUGGGAACCGGUCUCGGCGUCGUCGGUCUACAGUUUUCCGGGCAGCUUUCGCUUGAAAAGGUCGAGCAAGCAGCGAAGGAGCUGGGAUCGAAAUUUCCGCUUCUGCUUGCCCGAGUUGUCGGUCAGGGUAAAACCGGCGGUCCGCUAGAACUACACUUGUGCCGUGACCCGAAACCAAUCACUGUAGCUUCCCGGAGCAUUGAUGACGUGGCAGCUUGGGAGGCUGCUGCGCCAUUGGACAAUGACCCUAGCAGUCUCGAACUCAAGGAGGAGUCUGACGUGGCAAAGAAAGACCAAGGGAGUGACGUGCAUGCGGAUGCGAGAGCACCAGCGGAUAGCGGUAAAGGAGACGGUUCCACGUCAGCAACGGAAUCCGUUACUGAGAAGUUCUCUGCAGCAAACGUGGCGGACGAGAGGGGAGAGGAAGAGGAGGAUGCUUUCGAGGAUGCAGAGGAUGGGGAUGGUGACGGUGACGGUGGUGAUGGUGAUGAUGGUGAUGGUGAUGGUGAUGGUGAUAAUGGGGGCGGUGAAUUUCUAGAAGCUAGUGCAACAGAAGGCAGUGGAGGAAUCGAGGUGAUUGGUAAAUUCAAGGGCGCGGAGAAAGCGGAGGAUCUGCACAGGAUAGUGGAGAUGGAGUUGAACCAGCCAAUCAUAGCAGCGCAUGGCGAAGCACCAGCUGACGCCUUGCAGAUCCACGUGUACCAUCUCCCACGCGCCACGUGUCUGACCCUGCGCUGCCAUCGAGCCGUGCUGGACCGUCCAGCUGUGCGCCAGCUGGCAAUGGCGUUGGUCUCCGCCUUGCACCGCUCCCAACCAGCCGUCACCGCUGACUCCCCAAAGGACUUGGAAACCGUUUCUCUCCCGCCUCCCCUCUCCUCGCUCACUCCCAAGCCUCCCGAAACCCGUUCCUACCUCAGCAAGAGCCUCUCUCAGGCCUACGACGCGCUGGGCUAUGUGCGCAACGCCAUGGCCUCCUCGCAAGCGCCCUUCCAGCCUGGUCGGGCUGACUUCAGAACGAACCAGUUCCGCUCAACGUUCUCGUGCCUGCGCUUCGACAAGCAAGAAACCGAGAGACUCCUCGCUGCCCUGGCCUCUCGCUCCUGCUCGCUCUUCAGCCUUGAGUGUGCGGCAGCACUGAAGGCCGUGGCAGAUGCCAAGCAGCUGGGCAGCCGCACAGAGACGUUCAACGUCACCAGCAUCAUGAACUGCAGGCCUUUGCUCGACCCGCCCCUGCCGCCCGACGCUAUGGGAGUGUUCACCUCGGGAUUGCCUCUCAAGCAGCCAGCCAAUCAGGAGCUUCCGCUCUGGGACGUGGCUCGCGCUGUAGAUGCUGACCUGGCAGCUGCGGUCGGGCAGAAGAAACAAUUUACUGACAUGCCCGUUCUGGAGCUGCUCUUUUCUACAGCCAUGAAAACGCCGACGUUCUCCCCCGAGUGCUCCCUGCGCACCUCCUUCAUGUCUGCCAUCACCGAGUCGCCCUUCCCCAUGGACUGGCCGGCCAAUGAGGAGGGACAUGUGGACGGGGCUAGUGGAGGAGGAGAUGAAGGUUUGGCGCCUCAGGUGGAGGGGUUUGUGGGGCCGAUCUUCGCAACGCAUGGCGUCGGCCCAAGCAUAUCUGUUGGGGAUGCGAUAUGUGAUGGCAAGCUCCACGUCUACAUCAACUUUGUGUCUCCUUUAUUUUCACACGACUUUAUUGCCGGGUUUGUGAAAUUGUUCAAGCAAUACUUUGAGGAAGCAAUGAGGUAG